AUGCUUCGAUCUAAAGGUUUUAUUAAGCGCACAAAGAAAGGAAACGCUGUCAAAGUAGUACAAGAACAUUAUUUGCGUGAAGAUAUAUGGUGUUCUGUCGAGUCUUGCUCUCAAUGUUCUCACACUGAAUCCAUACUGAGAGUAAUUCCGUCAAAUACGAAGAUAGUAGACUCGCCUCACUUUAUCGUCGCGGACACCAACUUAUUUAUGAAUCAGAUUGAUAUCAUCGAGCAUAAAUCUAUUCGAAACGUUAUUGUUUUGCAAACUGUAUAUGAAGAAAUACGGCAUCUGAGCCUUCCUAUCUAUAAUCGUCUAAAAGCUAUUAUUAGUGACACGAGCCGUGGCUUUUAUGUUUUUUCGAAUGAGCAUCACAGGGAAACAUAUACAGACAGACUUAAAGAUGAAUCUCCAAAUGAUAGAAAUGACAGAGCAAUAAGAUUGGCUGUGAAGUGGUAUUCUACGCAUUUAAAUAGGACUGCCAAAGUUUUGCUUUUAUCGGAUGAUGUAGCGAACAGGGAAAAAGCAAAAAAAGAUGGACUGCUAGCUUUUUCAGUUAGACAGUAUGUGGAAGGAAUGGUCGAUUUUCCUGAAUUAAUUGAUAUGCUUGGGAAUACAGCCGAUAAUCAAGAAACGAAAAAUAAGGAGUUUACAUAUGAAGAGCACUUGAGUUCAGCGCAUAUUUCCAAUGGAUUAAAAAACGGAUCACUAUAUCAAGGAAGUUUGAGUAUCAGCACACAUAAUUAUCUUGAGGGGUCAAUUAUGGCGAAUGUUGAUGGAACUGACACUCAAAUUAUGAUACUCGGUCGUCAAUAUAUGAAUAGAGCAAUACAAGGGGAUAUUGUUGCUAUCCAACUGUUUCCACGGACGGAAUGGCUUAAGACGCCAACCGAGGUGAUAGUAGAUGAAGAGGAAGAAAAUAUGUCGACCAAUGGAGAAGCUAAAGAAAAUAAUAAUAUCGAAGUUGAAGAGAUGUUAACUUCCGCACCACAACCUACUGGCAAAGUGAUCGGAAUUAUUAAGCGAAAUUGGAGACCAUAUUGUGGAUUCAUUAGAAAACAAACCGUUCAAGGAUCUUCUACAUCGACAUUGUCAGAGAAUGUUUUAGUUAUUACAAUGGAUAGGCGAAUUCCUUUUAUUAGGAUAAGAACACGACAGGCUCAAAAUUUGAUGGGGCAAAGAAUACUGGUCUCAAUUGAUGCUUGGCCCAAAGAUUCAAAAUACCCAAUGGGUCAUUUUGUUCGUGCGCUCGGUUCUGCAGGUGAUAAGGAUACCGAAACUCAAGUCUUGUUAUUAGAACACGACGUUCCGCAUCAAGAUUUUUCAUUACAAGUUUUAAGUGAUCUUCCAAUCGAAAGGGAAGCUUGGAAAGUUAAUGAAGACCAACUGCGCGAUCGAAUGGACUUGAGGAACUUGAAUAUUUGUAGUAUAGAUCCUCCAGAUUGUACGGAUAUUGAUGAUGCCUUACAUGCUCGACAACUUCCUAAUGGCAAUUAUGAGGUGGGAGUUCAUAUCGCUGAUGUCACACACUUUGUUAAACCGGGAUCUGCGUUAGAUCAAGAAGCUGCUACUCGUGGCACUACUGUAUACUUGGUUAACAAGAGAAUCGACAUGAUACCAACCUUACUUGGAUGCAAUUUAUGCUCACUUCAUGAAAAAGUGGAUCGAUUGGCUUUUUCCUGUCUAUGGGAAAUGAGUGCAGACGCAGAUAUAAUCCAGGUUAAUUUUACCAAAAGUGUUAUUUCUUCCAAGGCUUCUUUAACUUAUGAUGAAGCUCAAAGAAGAAUUGAUGAUCUUCGAAUGAAAGACGAUUUAACAGAGGGUUUAAGACUUCUUAACAAACUUGCUAAAAAGCUACACGCUAGACGCUUGGAACGUGGUGCUCUGACAUUAGCGAGUCCUGAAGUGCGAUUUCAAUUAGAAAAUGAUUCGCAAGAUCCUGUUGAUGUCGUAGAAAUGAAGGAUUUAAAGGAAACGAAUGCUCUUGUUGAAGAAUUCAUGUUGCUUGCCAAUAUUUCUGUGGCUCAAAAGAUCAUUUCGAAAUUCCCUGCUUCUUCAUUGUUAAGACACCAUCCGCCUCCUACUGAAUCAAAGCUAGAAAACUUGGCACAAUCAAUUUCCCAGUUUGGAUUUACUUUGAAAUAUAAUACUUCUAAAGACCUGGCAGAUUCCUUGAAUAAGGCGGCGAUACCGAAUGAACCUUAUUUCAAUAAAUUAUUGAGAAUAAUGACAACCCGAUGCAUGAUGCAGGCUAAGUAUUUUUGUUCUGGGAAUUUUGGCAAAAAGGAUUUUCUGCAUUAUGGCCUCGCCUCGGAAAUUUACACUCAUUUCACAUCCCCCAUCAGAAGAUAUUCUGAUAUAAUAGUUCAUCGACUAUUGGAAGCGUGUAUUAACACCAAUUCUGUAUAUAGCAGUGAAUUGACAGAUAAAACAAAAAUGCAAAAGCUCUGUGAUGGGUUAAACUAUCGUUAUGUGAUGGCACAAUUAGCAGCCCGAAGUUCUGUUGAAUUACACACCAAUAUUUUUUUCAAAGGAAAAACCGAAAAAGAAGAAGGAUUUGUCACACGUAUACUCAAAAAUGGAUUUAUCGUUUUGAUUCCAAGAUAUGGAAUCGAAGGCAUUGUCUGCUCGUCAAAGAGCUCUCUUAGCGCUACUCCCGCCUCGCCAGUUGUCUAUAACCCCCACACUAAUAGUCUUGACUCAUCUUUAUGUGAUAUCAGCAUCAAACUUUUCAACAAGGUGAUGGUGCAAAUUACCAUUGAUGAAGAUUUAGUUGGUGGUAUGAGGCAAAAAUUGAAGAUAGAGCUGUUAAAUCCCUACAUACCCGGUUUGAGUGUCAAUAAUGAAGGGAAAGGAAGUGUAAGAAAAUCUGAUGAUGAAAAUAGAUUAUCCUCUAAUGUCAAGAGGAUGAAGAUUAAUGUAUAA